AUGGGGAGCAGCACUAGUAAAGUAGGGCUCCUGCCUGAGCCGCCUGCAAAAAGAGGUUAUUUCAGUGGUUUUAUGAAGUCUGUUGUGAGCUUCAACAAAAACAAGGACUUUGAAGAAGACCAGAGCAAACCGAGAAGAGCGCCUCACCUCUGGAGUCGAACCCAAGGCCACGUCAGCGAUGGAGCUGCUGCCAGGAACAGACAGGCCAACAAGGCCGAAGUAAAGUUUCGGACAACGUUUGACCCCCGUGUCACGGCCAGGUAUGACAUUAAGGCCCUGAUCGGUCGGGGCAGCUUCAGCCAUGUGGUGCGGGUGGAGCACAGGCACACGCGACAGCCCUUCGCCAUUAAACUGCUGGAGGUCAGAGGGACCGAGGGGCGAGAGCUGUGCCGUACAGAGCUGGGGGUUCUGCGCAGAGUCCGCCAUGCUAACAUCAUCCGUCUGGAGGAAGUGUUCCAAACUCCUGACCGCGUUUACCUGGUACUGGAGCUCGCCACAGGAGGGGAGCUGCUGGAACGGGUGGUCGCUUGGGGAUCCUUCACUGAACGUGACGCCACCAGGGCGCUCAUCAUGGUGUCUAGCGGACUGCGCUACCUCCACAGUCUGGGGAUCGUUCACAGAGACCUGAAACCAGAAAACCUGCUUUACUACCAUCCUGGUCCAGAUUCACGUCUGAUCAUAACUGACUUCGGGCUGGCUUCCACCAGCAGGAAAGGACACGACUGGGCGCUGAGGACCCUGUGUGGUACCCCAGAGUACCUGGCCCCUGAAAUGGUGGGUGGGAGACCCUACGGCAGCGCGGUGGACAUGUGGGCACUGGGGGUGAUCUCGUACAUCUUGCUGAGCGGCUCCAUGCCCUUCGACCAGCGCAGCCGGCCGCGCCUCUUCAGGGCCAUCCUCAGAGGCAGCUACAGUUUCCACUGCGAACCGUGGAGCUCUGUAUCCAACCAGGCUAAAGACUUCAUAGAGCGUCUGCUGAGCCUCAGCCCAGAGCAGCGAAUGACUGCACAGCAAGCCCUCGCGCAUCCCUGGCUGGUCGGCAUGGCGUCCGACUCGUCCAACAGGAGCCUCCACCGGCCCAUAUCCCAGAACCUCCGGCAGCGGGCCUCACGGGCCUCCGCCAGAAGCCACGGCUCCGGAUCUGCUCCGGGGUCACGAUCUGCCGCGAGCCCUCGCUCACACCCGGGUCAUGAAUCAUGCCAAUUAGAUGGAAACAUAUUGCAGCACGGGGUGAUGGGCUCUGCUGAAACUGCUAGAAGUUGCAGGAAUCGCAGGUGA